AUGAAUGCAACUCAAUAAGAAUAAGAAGGCAUUAUAUUAAAUUUACCUCAUCAUAUUCUUUAUUUAGAUGAAAAUCUUAAUGAACGUUUUACUAAUAAACCUAUAAAAUUGGCAUCCCAUUCUUAAUAAUAAGUGACAGAAUAUAUAAAAAAAAAAUUUAUUGGAAUUGCUUAAUUAGAAACAAGUGAUAAAAAAUUAAUUGAAUAUCAGAUUAAACCAUGGGAAGGUAAUCUAUUAUUUAUUUAAACAUAUUUUUAAUGUGAAAAUGACACAUUCUUUUCUAUAAUGGAUGAUAAAAUAAAAAAAUUAUAUACAUUAUUAAGUUAAGAUUAUGCUAAGUGGAAUAAUUUAAGAGCGUUUCGUAUGAUUAAGGAAUCAGAUUUAAGUGCAUUAGGAUAAUGUUUAUCUGAAUGUCUUCAUUUAGAACAUUAUAUUAAUUCAUAAAUUAUGUGUCCUUCGGAAGAAAUCACAUUAUUUUAUAUAAAAAUUUAAUUAUGUAAUCUAAUUGAAACUACUGUUCUCAAACUUUAUGAACAUUUUAAUAUAAUUAAUUUAAUAUUUGAAAAUGGCAUACCAGAACUUGUUGCAGGUGAUAAAAGAUUACUUAUAUUCAUUUUUUAAACCUUACUUUAUUCUACAAGAUUUUGUGAUAAAUAAAAAGGUGAAUUAUCUAUUAAAUGCAUUAUAUCACAAAUCAAUUAGGAUAAAUCAAGUUAUGAUUUGGAAUUUACAUUAAUAUUUACAUGCACACCUUCAGUAAUUAAAUUAUAUUCUCAAGUUUUUGGAUUAUCUGAUGCAAAAUUAACACCAAAUGAAUAAUUUCUUAUUCAUUGUCUAUAAAUUCUGAAGUAAUAAAUGAAAUUAAAUCAUAAUGAAUUUAAAUUUUAAACUGAUGGAGAUAAUGUUAUCAUUACAUUUACUUUUUUAAGUUAUAUUACAAGUAAUAAACCAGAACAUAUGUCAUAAUUCACAGAUAUAACAUUUUCUAGAAUUGUUUUAGAUGAUUGUCAUUAUCAAUGGAAAGAAAAAGUUUAAAUAUUACCAACUAAAUUUAUUUUAGAUUCUUAAAUUAGAAAAAGUUUACCGACUCAAACUAUUAUAGAUUCAAUACCAUAGUAAAUAAAUAAGAUAGUAGAUAUCAAUUUUCCAGAAAUUAGAGAUGAAUUAGUAUUUUUGUUAGAAACAACUCUUGAAGAUGCUAGAGACAAAGGAAUAUUAGAUUAGAUUGUAAUAGAUUAAUCAGAAAAUAAUGAUAAAUUUGCAAUAAGUGUAUAUUGAUUUAUUAUUUUAGGAAUAUGCAGAUAGUAUAGCGAAUUCUCCUCCUUCAUUUAUUACACCUUAAAUUAAGGCUAGAAAAUUAUAAGAUAUUAAUAAAGAAAAGUUGUAAAGACUUUUAAAAGAGGCAAAAAAACCAAAGAAAAAGAAAAAACUUGUUAGAAAUAAUUAUAAAGUAGUAUUUCCAAGAAGAAAUGAUUCAAAUUGUAAAAGCAAUCGUGAACCUGCUAUGUUUAAUUUUAAUAAAGAUGUUUUAUAAAACAGAGAUAAUAGAUAUAAUUUAAGAUGGACUCAUCGUUGUAAUGUAAUAUAAGCUCCAAAAACAGUAAAUGAAAUACUUUGUUAUGUUUCAAAUAUAAAAUUAUCAAGAGAUAUAAUUAAAAAUUUCGGAAAUUCAACAUAUGAUAAUUAUGAAAUCAAAGAUCCAAUAAUUGUAGUUGAUAUUGUUGAUGUAAUAAGACUUUAUAAACAAUAUUUAUUAGCUGGUAAAUAAUUUUACUUUAUUAUGCUAUUUGUUAAAAAACAAUAAGAAAUUGCAGAUUUUGCAGAUAUUGUUUAAAAAAAUGAAUAAGAGUUUGCCCAGUAAAAUUCAAAAUUUUAAUAAACAUAUUUGAUUGGAAUAACAGAAUCAUAAUUAAAGCCAUCAUUAUAUGCAUUUUUUAAAUGUAUAAUUCCAUUUGGUUAAUGGAACACAGAUAUAAAAUAAAUAAAAGCUUUAAUUGCAAAUUAAAGAGUAAUAAAAUGA